GCCAAAUAUAAAGUGACUUCAUUUUUCCUCCUUGCUGCUGUGGGUAUCAUAAUUGGAAAUAGCGGCGUACGAGCAACAGCAAAGUGAUUCAGUUACUUUAAAUGAUUUGUCGCAGACAAAGUGAAGACUCUCUUUAUAGUUCAUAGUUAAAUGAAUUGUAUAAUUAAUUGCACGUUAAAUCAUUUAGGUCUCCCACAAUGGCAGGCAUGGUUCUCUGUGAAGCUACAGAACUUUACAAUAUUAUAAACCAGGACAUCCGAGUGUCAAGACUAUCAGAAUUCAACUACCUUUGUUUGAUUGAUGCACGAACUAAAGACGAAUACAACGAGAGCCAUGUCAUCACUGCAAGAAGAGCAAAAUGGGAUGCCACGGGGAGGUUUGUAAUGCCUGCUGAUGUGGAGGUUGAAAGCUUGAGGUAUAGUGUGGUGUAUGAUAGUAACAGCUGCUCCCUACAGGAUUCAGGUCCUGCUAUUGAGUGUGCUGACACUCUGGCGAAAACGAGCCGGCAUCCUGUUCAUGUUCUAAAAGGAGGCUACGAGAGGUUCUCAGCGCUGUACCCUUUCCUCCGAACACAGAAAAUUCUUUACACCCUCCAGGAACUGGAGAACUUGCAGCCCUAUCCAGUUGAGAUCCUUCUUGGCCAGCUGUAUAUGGGUGAUUACAGACAGGCAAUCAAUCAGCACAUGCAUAAGCAGCUCAAACUGAGAGCCCUCGUCAAUGUCUCGGAAGUUGCCAGUGAUGUAUUUGAGAGCAGCGCCUGUGCAGUUUUCCGCAUUCCUGUGGCAGAUUCCAUAGAGAUGGAUCUGUAUGGCUUUUUUGAGAAGGCUUGUGAGUUUAUUGACACCCACCUCAAUGCUGGCUCUGCAGUCCUCAUAUUUUCAAGUCAUGGCAUUAGCCGUUGUAGUGCAUUGACAAUAGCCUUCCUUAUUCAUCACCUGAAAUCUACACUGAUGGAAAGCUGGGCACACGUGUUGAAAUGCAAAACCAACAUGAGGCCAAACCGGGGGUUUGUGCGGCAGCUGUCUGACUGGGAGCUGCACACACUGGGGCACAGAGAGACGGAUAUCGCAGAACCUGGCUACUGACACCCAUCCAAUGUCAAUGAGUCCUGUGGCGAUGCUACACUCAAGAGUCAUUUACAAUGACACUCUUUGUGCAGUGGACAUCGCCUUCCGAGCUUAUCCAUAAUAAUAUUUAAUCAGUUAUUUAGCUGACAUGUUAUCCGAAGUGACUUACAGUUGAUUAGACUGAGCAGGGGACAAUGUGGGGUUAAGGGCCUUCGUGUGGAUCUUGUCGUGGUAUGCCGGGGCUUGAACCACAAACCUUUCUGGUCCCAAUCAUGUUCCUUAGCCGCAAGGCUAAAAGCUGCCCUUUGAUAAACUUGAUAAACUAUCAAAAUAAUUUUAGAGAGACAUUUUAAACAGUAUGAUCAGAACAGUGGAAAAGGGCAAUAGCAUAUGCUUUCACAAAUAAUAGCACAAAUAUAUAUGUUUUUGAAGUAACCACAAAAGGCUUGAAAGCAUUCUGGGGUCACUAUAAACUAAGCAAAGCUACAUCUUUUCUUGUUAAUGGAUCUCAAACUGGAUAACAUUGCUUAAUGUCCCACUUACCCAGUUAAGCGUAGGAACAAAGACAAUAGUUGUUUGAGCAUAACAACUCAUAAUGUAAUUGGCAUGCACAUUUUAAGAUUUCUGUGUAGACUUAUUAUAUGGGUGAUGUGUCAAGUCUGUUUCAUGAGAUCUCUUUAAGCGAACAGACAACGCACUGAGCCAUUGCAUCAUGCCCGUAAGCAAUGCCAAGAGUUCACAACAUAAUUUUAUGAAAUCAUUGAAUAAAUUGAAUUAACCUUU